UUGUUUUUCUUUGCGUCACCAACCAUUCUAACCUUAAAUUUUAUCUCACCAACCAAAUAAGUUUAAAAAACCAUGAAAGAUUGAGACUAGAAGUUUGAAACAUUCCCGUGCUGUCUUGUCCCUCAUCCCCUUUUCUUUUCCACUCUAUGGGACCUUAUGGUAUUUAUUUAGUUCAUCAAUCUCUCCCUGUCGGUGUCUAAGGUAUUGCCGUAUACCAAAUCUUCAUGCAACACACAAGUUCCCUCAGUCGUUUGAGAUGAGAUGUCUCUUUUCGCAUAAUCAGGAAUGUCAGAGCUAAUUUUUGGAACUGGCCUUGGAUCUUUCAUUUUAAUUGCUGUUUGGUGCCUGGCUGUUGUUCUUUGCCUCAUUUCAAUACGAACGCAACGGAGUAUUGGUCUGGUGUCAAUCCUGUGCGCUUGUUUCAUCACUUGCAUUCUUUUGUCAAUCCCCCGUGGUAAUUUUCAAGAAGAGAAGAGCCCUAAGGAGAUUUAUGAUGGAAUAUUCAUUUGGCGCUCAAGCCUUCUAGUCCUGCUUGGUCUAUCAUCUGUCGUUGGUUUUGGAAUGUUUGUGACUACUCAUCUCAUGGAACCAAAACAAGCCCAGGCCAUCAAAGGAUGGUAUCUGUAAUCGCAUGAACGCCAUCGAUCAAAAGCCAAAAAUUCAUUGUUCCUCUCAUUUGUGGAGAGCUCAAAUGUUCAUCUCAGAGGACUGAGCUGAAACCGAGACCUUGCCAGGCACUUAUCAGUUCAUCAACCGAUCCCAGCAAAAUGAACGUCCUACACCGCGCCAAGACUAUCAUCAGCACGCCUAGCCUGUUUACCAUUUCAAAACACUUCAAGAGCUUCAUCAUAAAAGACAACGAUGACUUUGUCACUCGCGUGAUGAAUUCAAAUGUUCCGGUGAUUGUCAAUUUCCAUGCAGAAUGGUGUGAACCAUGCCAGCUUCUCACCCCACAGCUGAAAGGCCUUGUUGAUGAGUCAGAAGCUGUCGAUCUAGCCAUUGUGGACGUAGAAAAGAACCCAGAGCUAGUUCAUGCGUUUGAAGUCAAGGCUGUCCCUGCCGUUUUGGCCAUCAGGAACGGCCUAGUUGUGGAUAAGUUUGUAGGGCUUGUUGAUUCAGAUUUGAUUACAAAGUUAGUCGACAAAAUGUCGGGGAAAAGCAAUUCGGAUGUUACAUAAUGCUAAAAAAUUGACCACUUUUUCACUGAAAUCAAUGUUGAUUUCACGAUCAUGUGAAUUUUAUUUUAAGUAACUUGCCCUGUGAUCCAAUAACCAAAGUUACUUGAAAUAAUCAUAAUAGAAUUUUCAAAAAGUAAUUUUUACCAAUUGUGACCGUCCACAAGUACAGAGACCUUUGCACUGAGAUUCAUUUUUCAGGAAAGUGUUUAGUCAUAAUUGCUCUUAAAAAUGAAUUUGAAGGUUCUGAAAAAAUAUUCUUUAGCAUUGAAAAAAAUUAUUUUCAAACGGUUUGGUUCAAUUUUAUGAUAAUGAAGGGAUUAAAGUUUCAUCAUCAUUGGACAAUUUUGAGUUCUUAUCAUAGAAAUUUCCAAAAACCAGUUUUGAGAUUGCAACCUUCAAACUGCCUUUGGAAGUUUUCAACCAAAAUGUUUGUGAAAUGUCCCUCUUAAUAAGCAGCUGUAGCGAUAUCUCCUUUUGAGUUUUCCAGUACUAAGGUCCUUUUGCCUGUGAACAGUCACAAUGGGUCUGUUGCAAACUUUUGCAAGAACAAUAAGAGAGGCUUUUUCGGUUGGAGUACGGCUUGGAAAUCGCAAUGUGCACAUCCAGGAAAGUCUAAAACUCACUCCUUUAUUAACAAUUUGUGUAAGAAAUUUAGUGCAUUUUUUAGCUUCCUACUCAAAACAGUAUACUACCAGGGUUUCUGCAGUCAGGGAAUACGAGGGAAACUAGGAAAUAUUAGGAGAAAGACGAAAGUGUCAGGGAAAAAUGUUAAGUCAUAUUUAUUUGCUCUCUAGAUUGGGUUUGAAGUUUCGAUUCACAAAUUUUGCCUAAAAACUAUCUCAAUUUAUGUCUUUUUAACCAUCUGACAUAUCUGCGAUUGCAAGAGAAUUUCACAAAAAUUUGUCUGGAAAAUUCAUUUUUAAAUUACAUGGCAAUCCUGUACGGCAAAAACAUAAUGUGAUUGAGAUUAGCCACUGUGGUUUCACGACUCAAUGCAAGGCAAGAAAUGGCUUCUAUUUGGUGACACAGUCUCAACAAUAUAAAGGAACAAGAUUACUUUUACUCUUUAAACUUAAUAUAGAAAGCAUAGAAGUGAUGUUGUCAGUUAAAUGGUGUUUGUCAUGUUGUCCAUUUUUAAUUAUAAUUCUGAGAAACCUGAUGGUGGUCAAUUUUGCAUACUUUUUGAAACAGCGGUGGCUCAUUUACAUCAAUUUAAGUCUUUGCUGUAGUAUACUUUUUGAAGAUAGUAGCGCAAAUUGCUUACGCAGAUUAUGAAGUUAGAGGUGAAUUUUAGACUUAACAGAUAUGUUUGUUGUUAUUUUUUAGUCUUUUCAUGCUAGCAAGGUCUCUUUCUCUCACUAUGACAAAAUUUUGUAACGGAUCCGUCAUUGUUUUUGUUUUUGUUUUUAUUACAUAUAUUUAUAUCAGGAAAUCAUAACCACUCUUGUACCAAAUUUAUUAAUUAAUUUAUUCAAGUAAUCAAAUUAAGUAAUAAGUCCAAUGCAACCCCUUUUUUUAUGUUCAAAACUAUUGAGUGUAAAGCAGGGUAUGGCAUUAACUAUUUUUAACAAACAUUCUUCUAGGUUCACAAGAUCUGAACCUAAAAACAGGAAUUUGAAUAUUUUUAGGCAUCUGAAUUAAACUAAUAUUUGGAGGGAGUUGAAACAAAAAAAUGAAAUGAAAUCAUUUCCUUCAUGAUCAAUGAAUGCAAAAAUUUAUUUUCACUAAAAGGCAAUCUUCUCGAUCUGACAGUAAUCAAAUCGUGAUUUAUGGCAUUGAUUGGUAUUGCUUGAACUACCAGCGGUCGGAUUAUUGAAACCAUGUCGGCCUGACACGACAAGACAUAGCUCUAUCUUAACCAUGCAAUAUAUCGCAAUUUGAUGUCUUGUCUGGCUGCUUUAAACUUUCAAUAAUUGGCCCGUAGGUAACUGUCACAUUCGCAGUUUAGGGAGAGCAUCUCUAUUUUCUCAUGACUGUAACAGCUUAAAUCUUAAUUUUGAUCUAAGAAAUUGUGCAUUGAAAACAGGGCAUUCUCAGGGGAAAUAUUGCAUUCAACUGAUAUUUUGAUAUUGGCCUCGGAUGCAAUAAUUUUUCUCUGAUAAAAUUUUGCAUUCAGUUCACAAAAUUUUUGUAUUUAAUUCAUUUCAUGUCAGAUCGUCAGUAUUGUCACAUCAGGAGUGAUAGUCUCAAAAUGGUACCAAAAUGACAGUCUGCUGAAAAAAAAAGGCUUAUCAUCACACAGGGUGAUCUAGAAGUCCCACUUUUGCUCCUUUUCAGGGUGGUCCACUCAAAGUUUUGGGGACUCCUCAAAGUCGUUUCCUUUGACCUCGAAAGAAUCACCAAAUUUCAAGUCCCUAUGUCAAUUCGUUCAAAAGUUACAGUGGUGAUGCCUGUUGCUGAUUUUGUGAGACUUUUGAAUCACCCUGUGUUUAUCUUGUGUCAUUUAAACUUAAAAUCCUUCAGUAUUUUGAUUAUACAGCAUCUGUUAUGAAAGACUGAAUUAUAGAAUAUGAAAGAUCACCCUGUGUUCAUCUUGUGUCAUUUAAACUUGAAAUCCUUCAGUAUUUUGAUUAUACAGCAUCUGUCAUGAAAGACUGAAUUAUAGAAUAUGAAAGAUCAAGAUUUCUCACGCUUACUGAAAAAUUGUGUAUCCAUAGAAGAAUCAUCUAAAAUUUAAAAAUAUUUUUUUGACGUAAAGUAAUACAGUUGAUGUACAAUAUUUUGCUCAGCUUCUCCACACAGAACAUCAUAGGAUCAAUUAAUCUAACAAGCUCUCUAAAUUGAGUCACCAUUUUUUCUCUUAUUUUUUUCAAACAUGAACAGAUUUUUGCUGUUAAGGAAAGUAUGUAUGUACAGUAUUUAGAGGCAGUAACAAAUAAUAAUUGCUUUUCAAGGAAGAAUUUUCUAAAUUCAUUUCUUUUUUACAGUCAUGUAACUGUAAUUCUGUGAGAACAAUGGUGUCUUCGAUUUUAUUUAAGCUCGUAUUUUGAAAUUUUCGAGUAUUAUAUUUUUCAUUCAAUAAGUUUUCUUAGUGAUACUAAAAAACGCACCAAACGAUCACAGAGGAACGCACACUUCCAAUGAACAUAGAUUGAUAGCUUGCAUAAAUGUUCGAGUCAACUUAAAUUAAGUAAAAAUUUUGUGCAUAUUUUUGUUUUUGGAUUUUAUAAUUUUUUAUCAUCACACAUACUAGUCAUUUUGCGUGAAAAAAGUAUUGCUAUAGGUGUCUUACAAUUUUUCAGGUUUACUUUCAUAAGUUUUUAAUUUUUUCCGAUUUAUAUUUAUUCGAAUUACUAUUGUGCAUUUUUAAAGUUGCUCAGUUUUUUUUUUAUUUCUUUUUAAGGUUGAUCAUUUUUUUAAACAAAUUUAUUGCACCUUUAUCAUCAAACAGUGAAGAAUUCUGUGCUAUUUUGCUGUCCUUCUUUGAAUUUUAUUUCGUAGAACACAGUAGAUUAAAACUACCCUAGUGAGCUAUGAAAUGGACUCAUGUGAUAGUCUCUCACUUUCCUUUUAUGCUGUAUGUUAGUUAGCACUUUGAGUUUUUCAACAAGUGCAUAGGAAUUUAGCCUUAGAAAAUGGUAAAACUAACUAUCCACCUGCAGCUAUUUGAACUAUUUUUUAUAUUUUUAAAACUGAUGAUUUCAAUACAUGAUUCAAUGGAAAGAGCAAGCCUCUUCUUUUGACACCGCUGGAAAAAAUAGCGGUGCUGCUUUUGAAGUAAUUUUUUUCAUUAUCACAACGUAAAUAAUUGAUAACGAUUGUGCAAAAAUGCGAAUCUUACUCUGUUUGAUUUCCAGAAAUUCUUUGCUGUUUGUUGACUUUUUGACUCGUACACUUUAUUUUCUCGUUUCGGUUUUUCCGGUUGUAUAUGUUGAAAUUUACAUAACUUUUCAUGACCUUAGACAACAAUAAAUAGCUGAUGGAUUUGUUCUACAUUUAAAUAGAUGCCUUAGAAAUUACCACAAUAAAUAAUGUUUUUAUAGCUUUAUAUUUUUUGAAAAAUUCUUUAUAAUUACCUCAUCACAAGAGUUUCUGCGUCAUAUUGUAUCCAACCGUUAAGCUGUAUUGUACCAGAAACUCAAAAUAAAAUCUAAUUUCAUGCACUCAGCUCAUCUCCUGAGCCUACCUUGAUGAAAAGGUUUAUUUAGGAAAGAAGAAUGGGGUCCGCUUAGCAUUUAUGUUCUUUUUCAAAUCAGUCAUCUAGCUGAUAUUUCAACCAGCUGUCAUGUACAUAUAGUUGCAAGUUGUCAAGUGUUUUCCCUAUUUUGAUUUCUCCCUUAUUUAUCGAUUCAUACUGAGCUCGCUUUAUUUCUUGAAGUUUACUUACUGAGUUUUUUCUUGGGGCACUUUCAUAAAAUAUCAUCCGUGAGAGCUGGAUUUUUAUCUCGAAAGUAUUUCAUCAAGUUAAGUUUUAGAAUCAAAGUACCUGUAAUUAUAAGCCGGAGUAUUUACGUCAUUUAUACCAUCAACUAAACAGCCAAGGUUUAAUCGAUAGUGAUACUGCAGAAAUAUGUGUCUUAGUUGCAGGGAUUGUAGACUUCCUGUCCUGUCACUUAAUUUGUUACACGGAUGAACUACUUAACGUCAUUUCUUAAAAACUUUUGUGAUCUGUCUUUUGUCUGUGAAGAAUAUCCUGUAAAAAUUUCAAGCCAUGAUUUUGGUUCAGUUCCUUUUAAAAAUAAAAUAGGAGCAGAGAUGUUGAAACACUGCAACUGAGACACGCAUUUUUACAUACUUAAGUUCCUCUCUCAUGGGUGCAUUUUUAGUUUUUUUAUCAAACCCUCAAGACAAAUUUUUAUUUGCUGUAGAUUCAAUUUUUUUGAAAAGUUUCUGGAAAAUAUUCAGAAUGUUACGCACUGAAGUUGGUUUGACAUUUAAUGAACUAAUCAUGGCUACUGUCUAGGUUCACCUUAAGAGAUCACCCGCAGCAACAGCUCUCAGCAAUAUUUUAUCCAGAUUUUUAAGGAAUAAUAAUGAGAUCCCUUUUUAUUGCUCAGGGUAAAUACCUCUUUUUGUUUAUCUUCACCCAAGAUACCAAGAAGACUCUCUGCAAUCUGAGUGAAUGAAAAAUGUAAACAUUAGAUACAAUUGACCCGUGUAUGUGUAUAAAUAAUUUUGUGCCAGUAUUUAUCCGAAUUGAGUGUCAUUCGCGAUUCUAUAUUCACUUUACUCUGUUUGUGAAAGCCUGUGAAUGUGUCUAAUGGUGCAUUAUUUUGUUGCAUCAUUUUUCAAUAAAAUUCACGCAGUUGUUUCUAGUUUGA